UGUGAUGGUCUAAGUCCGGAAUCUGUUGUCCGGAAAUUAGAGUCCGCCUCUAUCCGCAUAUUAGUGUAUUAGUUACAAGUUCCCAUGUCUACAGUACCAUGUGGAAGCGUCGCUGUCACGCUAUUGUUUUCGGAUAUACUGGCCUCCCUAAGGAUUUUUUACCCUCUCUUGAGGUGUGUGAUGCAAAUAAAGGGAGUCUACAUCGACUUUAUUCGUCCUUUAUGAUUAUGAAGCAUGAUACAUCACAGUAAAAAAUCCUUUGACCUGGCCUGAAGUAGUUUGACCUUGCCUGCUGUAGUUUGACCUUGCCUGCAGUAAGAUGACCUGGCCUGCAGUACACAGCAGUAGUAAUGUAUCCUUCGUAUCACCAAUAGAAUUGAAUUGUUUUCAACUUUAAUUUGUUUACUGAUGGAUGUCCGCCAAAAUAGGAAGAUGACAGAGUCCGGUGUGAAUCUUUAUGAAGAAAAGGUGUCGCAUUAUACAACCAAAUUAUUGAAAAUCAAAAGGGACAUUGACUUUAUCAUCGAUUCCUCAGAAAAGAUAGAUCUUGCCCAGGGCCAGCAAAUUAUUGAUGACAUACAAAAACUGUUAGCUCGCUAUGAAGCGAAAGCUAAAAAGUUUGAACAAUUCUUACAAGGGACUCGCACAGAUCAGAGUGCCAGUGAAGAGGCAGCUCAUCGUCUCACAUCUGCAGCUUUACAUGAUAAAGUGACGUCAUUUAUAGAGCACUUGCAGUCCUUGUUGCCGUCAAUUUCACACAAGAUGCUGUCAACCAGACGGUCAGGUGUUUCAGGGUCGAGUCGGUUGACUGAAAUGUUGGUAAAACAUACAGCCAAAGUUGAAAAGGCAAGAUCUCGCAUGAAAUAUGCACAAGAGGAGGCUGAAUUGAUAAAACAAGAGGCAGCUUUACAGGCAAGUAGGAAUUUAUUAAAUCUGAAGAGAGAAUUAGAAGUAGCUGAGACUGGACUUAAUGCAAUUCACAAAGCUUUUGACUUUAGAUCUUCAAAUGCUAGCAAUAAAGAUUCUGCAAGUAAGCGAGGCAGUUAUAUUGGGUCAGAGACCAAUCGUCACAUUUUGCGCUAUGUAGAGGAGAAUAAAGACAAUAAUGUAUCUCCACCUAUUGUUCCUACAGAAGAUGUUACUCAGGAUGAACCAAUAGAAACUGUUGUACAGAUUCCCUCUACUGGAGCGGCUGAUACUACACGUGUUCUUAACCCUAGUGCUGUUGCGUUUAAGCCUGAAAAUAAAAAUGAGGCAUUUGACUUAGCAAAAUUAGUGGCAAAAAAUCAACUUUUGCCUCAGAGACUUUCUCAAUUUACAGAUGAACCAGCUAGGUACCUAACCUGGAAAUACGGCUUUCUUAAUGUAAUGGAAGAAAUUGGGGCGUCUAUCUUGGAACAUCUAGAUCUGCUCGUAAAUCAUCUUGGUGCUGAGUCUAAAACACAAGCAGAGAACAUACGCGCUUCUAAUCCCAGGAAUUCUCAGAAGGCUGUGGACGAAAUUUGGAAGCGGCUUGAUAGCGAGUUUGGUAGUGCAGAAAUUAUCGAAAGAGCAUUGAAACAACGAAUAUACCAGUUUCCGGAUCUUAAGGAAAAUGACACUAAGCGCUUUUUUGACCUAUCAGAUUUGGCAGCGGAGGUUGAAUCCAUUAAAACCGACACAGUGUUGGGACCAGUUUUUAGCUAUUAUGACACUUCUAGUGGGAUAAAUGAUUUUGUUAGAAAAUUACCUAAACGCUUGAGGGAAAAAUGGGCCAAUCAGUGUUAUCGCUACAAAGAGACAAAUCGAACGUCGCAAGUACCAUUCUCAGUACUCACAAGAUACUUGCGUGAUCUGGCCCGUCUACGUAACGACCCCAGUUUUGAUUUUGAUGUUUCGUUUGUGAAGCCGAACAAAGUUCCUAGUACACAACAGAAAUAUAAACCCUUGUCACAGGAUUCUCAUCGUCCAACUUCGAUAUCAUCACGGAAGACCGAGGUUACUCCGGAAACCAACCCUAAAGGUGGGAAAUGUCCUAUUCAUGGUGAAAAUUCUAAUCAUCUACUGAAAGACUGUUUUAAAUUCCGAAACAGAACUCUGAAAGAUCGUAAAGACUUUGUAUAUAAAAAUGGUUACUGUUUGAAGUGUUGCGGGCAGAAGCUCCAUACAAGGAAAACAUGUAAAGAAACUGUCAAGUGUAAUGUUUGUGGUUCCUCAGAUCACAUUGGAAUACUUCAUCCAGACGCGGACUCUGGGAAACACUAUGAGGGGGAGAAAUCACAAGAUAAUUACAGAAGUCAGCGACAUCAAAUACCUAGUGAAGACCACGAGGAGGAGAAGCUCCGAGUUGAAACUCACUGUACUGAGGUUUGUAGUACUCGUCACAGUACUAGUAAGUCGUGUGCUAAAAUACUGCUUGUCAGUGUAUUUCCCAAUGGGCAGCCAUCUCGAGCCCGCAAUGUUUACUGUAUGAUUGAUGACCAGAGUAAUAAGUCAUUGGCUACGUCAGCAUUCUUCGACGCCUUUAGAGAAUUUGGUCCAAGUGCAGAAUAUGUACUCACUUCAUGUGCUGGCAAGUUUACUACCUCUGGUCGGAGAGCAUCUGGAUAUGUAAUACAAUCUCUUGAUGGUUCAUGUACUCUGCAAUCACCCUGUUUGAUUGAGUGUAAUGAGAUCCCAAACAAUCGUAGUGAAAUUCCAUCUCCAGAAGUGGCAGAGAAUUACAGUCAUUUACAAGACAUCGCGUCACUUAUUCCACCCGUGAACGACAGUGUGGAAAUUGAAAUUUUGAUUGGUAGAGACUUGGUAUCUGCACAUCAUGUUGUAGAUCAACGUAUCGAUGGAGACUGGCUACCAUUUGGCCAGAAGUUACCUCUUGGAUGGGUUGUAAUUGGUGAUGUGUGUUUAGGUCGCGCACACCUACCGGAACAGGUCAGUGUGAGCAAAACAUCAGUGUUCGCUAACGGCAGACCUACAUACUUGCAGCCAUGCGAGAGUGAACUCCUGGUGAAGGAGGACCCUAUCUUCGAACGAGUACCGGGAGAUGAGAAACCUGGCUUGUCGAUAGAGGACAAAAGGUUCCUUAGCACUAUGGAAACUGGAUUCAAACAAACCCCUAGUGGACAUUGGGAGGCACCCAUGCCUUUUAAGAAGAAUAGACCCUUUCUGCCUGACAACAAGAGUAUGGCUCUUAAAAGAGCGAAUUCGUUUGAUCGGAGUCUCAAGUCGAACCCAGACAAACAGAAAAGAGUUAUGGAAUUCAUGGAGAAACUUUUCGGUAAUAAGCACGCAGAGUUAGCACCAGCUUUACCAGAUUCUACAGAGAAAUGGUAUUUGCCACUGUUUGCAGUUCAACAUCCUAAGAAGCCUGAUAGUAUACGUGUGGUGUUUGACUCAUCUGCCAAGUGCCAGAAUUUAUCGCUCAACGACGUUCUGUUACAAGGACCCGAUAUGUUGAACAGCCUGCUUGGUUCCUGA